AUGAGACUCCUUCCACUCCAAGCGGCUAUUGCCACAUUUGGGGCGCUUCCUCUCGUCAAAUGUUCCUCCGGACUGAUAGGAGCUCGUCAGACAUCGAGCCCAGGCUACGCUGGGAGGGAAGUCGCCUGCCCAGCUCGGUGCAGCGUGUCCGGACCUCAUUCUGGUAACUGGUCUCUUUACCAUAACUUUGAUCAGUUUCAGUCAUGCAAGGAGACCCUGUUUUACCAAUUUGCCCUCUAUGAUGCCGUCGACGACUCAGCGUCCCACCAUCGCAUCUAUGCAUGCUCAUCGUAUGGGCCGGACUGGGAGAAUCUACCUGACUCUCCCGGUGUUUACGCCCUGCCGCCAGUUUCUGAUGUCAAGGCCACUUAUGAAGUUGGCUGGAACUCUACCCAGACAUCACAAACAGCGUCUGACCUCCGAUCUCUAUUGUCACAGACGCGGCAAUACCUCUCUAGCGGCUAUGCUUUCAACAAUGCCAGGGCUGCCUUUCUGUAUGGCCAGUCCGGGAAAACAGUAUUCGGACUCCGUAUCGGCAAGAGUUUGCACGGCGCUGGCGUGGGUUCUCUGGCCCUGAAGAUGCUGCAAGAGCAGUUGGACGACGGUGACAUUACCGCUAGUACUGUGGCUAUCCAGCUGUGCGGAUCAACUUACGAUAGUGACCAUACAUUCGGACUUGUUGCCACAACUCAAGGUGAAUUCUCGGGCAUACAGGAGACGCUCAAGUCUUGGGAAAACGGCCAAUGCGCACAAUUCAACAACUCCAAGCGCAUCAACGGUCCCGCAUACUUUACAAUUCCCAUGGAACUUGCUCCAAAUUCUACAAAUGCAACUUCGAACUGGAACCAGACUACCUCGCACAACACUAGAAGCCUGGCAGCAGGCGAGUGCCGCACCGUUCAGGUAAAGUACCUUGAAGGGUGUCCAGAACUGGCAGUCAAAUGCGGCGUAUCCGGCCACGACUUUGAGAGCUACAACCCCGUAAAGGACUUUUGCCGGACCCUCGUGGCCGGCCAGCACGUCUGCUGCUCGGCUGGCGAGCUGCCAGACUACCGGCCGAAGCCGAACCCAGACGGGUCAUGCAAGACGUGGCUGGUGCAUGGCGGCGAUACGUGCGCCAGCAUCGCCGCGGAGAAUAGCAUCACCCAAUUCGAAAUCCACUUCUACAACAAGAAGACCUGGGGCUGGAAUGGCUGCGGCACCAACAUGUGGGAGGGCACCAUCAUCUGCUUGACCAAGGGCACGCCUCCCAUGCCGGCGCCCGUGGCCAACACGGUCUGUGGUCCCCAGGUCCCCGGAACCAAGCGCCCGACCGACGGAACGAGCAUUUCAAAGCUGAAUCCAUGCCCGCUGAACGCGUGUUGCGAUGUUUGGGGCCAGUGUGGUACCACGAUCGAGUUUUGCACCGACACCGGCACCGGCCCGCCGGGCACAGCCAAGAAGGGCACGAACGGGUGCAUCUCCAACUGUGGCACCGAUAUCGUCCGUGGUUCUGCGCCAGAGACCUUCCGCAAGAUUGGCUAUUUCGAAGGAUACAACCUUGCGCGCAAGUGCCUCAACGUGGAUGUGCGGUUGAUUGACACUUCCCAGUACACGCAUCUGCAUUUUGGAUUCGGCAGCAUCGGCCCCAACUAUGAGGUCUACAUGCCUGAUGCCCUGACCGAGUACGAGUUCAACAACUUCAAGCGCCUGACGGGCGUCAAGAGGAUUCUGUCUUUUGGCGGCUGGGAAUUCUCGACGAGCCCGAGCACUUACACCAUCUUCCGCCAAGGCGUCACCGCCGCGAAUCGCCUUAAGCUGGCCACAAACAUUGCCAACUACAUUAAGCAACAUCAUCUGGAUGGUGUCGAUAUUGACUGGGAGUAUCCUUCCGCCCCUGAUAUCCCCGACAUCCCCGCUGGCGACAAGUCGGAAGGCUUCAACUACCUCGCUUUCCUCGCCGUGCUGAAGAAUCUUCUCCCUGGCAAGUCUGUAUCUAUUGCUGCGCCGGCGUCCUACUGGUACCUAAAGGGCUUUCCGAUCGCCCAAAUGAGCAAGAUUCUCGAUUACAUUGUUUAUAUGACCUACGACCUGCACGGCCAGUGGGAUUCCCAAAAUCGAUGGUCGCAGCCUGGUUGUUCAUCAGGCAUGUGUCUCCGCAGCGCCGUCAACCUGACCGAGACGGUGAAUGCUUUGGUCAUGAUUACGAAAGCUGGUGUGCCUUCCAACAAGAUCGUCGUCGGUGUCACUAGCUUUGGGCGAUCGUUUGGCAUGGCUGACGGAGGCUGCUACGGCCCUGACUGCUUUUAUACUGGUGGCCCUCAAGACUCCCACGCAAAAAAGGGUGUGUGCACCGACACGGCGGGCUACAUUUCACACGCCGAGAUCAAGGCAAUCAUAAACACGCCGAGCCGUGUGAACAAGAGCUUCCUAGAUGGAAAAAGCAACAGCAAUAUCAUGGUCUACGAUGGCAAUCAGUGGGUGGCAUGGAUGAGCCCCGAAGUCUUGAGCUACAGGACUACCGUGUACAAGGCUUUCGGCAUGGGCGGCACGUCAAACUGGGCCAUUGACCUGGAAAGCUACGUGGAUCCGCCCCCUGGCAUCAACAGCUGGCCGAGCUUCGUCAUCAAGGCGAGACAAGGAAAGGACCCGUGGGACUAUGGCAAGAGGCACGGAAACUGGACCGAGAUCAAGUGCGACGACCGCAGCGUGGUUGACUUGCGCGGGCUGAGUCCCCAGCAACGCUGGAGUAUGAUGGAUGCGCCGGACGCCUGGGAUGACAUUAUUGAGGUAUACAAGACUAUUGACCGGAAGACGAACCGUGAGUUCUCAAAGUCCGUCUCCGACACAAUCCAUGCUUCUGAGCAGGCGCGCUGCGGUAGUAUGACUGAACGGAACAAUUGCGAGUCGAUGCGGCAAUGUACCGACAUUGUCGGCUCCGGGACCGGUCCAGCAGGCUACGAGAUCUGGAACAGUUUCGUUCUCAUACAUGAGAUGUAUGCCUCGCUCUACAGUGCGCUCCACGACGCCGGUGCAACUACCAUAACGGGCGAGAUGAGAGCUUUCGUCAAGACGUUUGCCCCUGUGCCGCCGCCAAAGGAUGAUAAAAAGUGGCUCGAGAUCCUUUUGGACGUGGUCGGGCUAGGAUUAACACUGGUUGCUGGCCCAUUCUUCAACUCUGUCCUGUCAAAGAUGCCCUACUUCAUUGCCAACGCGACAAUGGCUGCCAACUUGAAAGACACGACAGUGGCACUGAUUUCUGGCACCACGAGCAUAGCAAAGGAUCUCCUCGAUGGCGAGUCUCCGGCCGGCAAAUGGACCGAGGAUAAGCAAGACUUUUUUGCGGCGUACAUGGCACAGACGGUCGACCUGUGGACCGCCUCCGUCGAAGCCUCGGCGAUGUGGCUGUUCAAUGGCACGGACGAGGCCAUCAGCGCGCUGACCACGAUCAUUUCGGACGGCAAGCUCAUCGACGGCAGCAACAAGAUCACUCCCAACGUCAGAGACGACUUCCAGACGGCGACCGCCCUCAAGGCGAACAUGGCCAAGGCCUUUUAUGCGUACGCCAUCCCAGCCGUGUGGAAUGCCGCCGGCGCGCACCCGUUUGUGGUUGACUCGGGCUACGCGUGCGGCACCAUCGACCCUCUCGGCAGGUACAUGGACGUUGGCACGAUGCGCCAGACCUGGUCCUGCUACGAGGACAGGCUGUAUUACCUGGCCAUUCCAAAGGGCGAACCCUACAGGUACGUGAUGAACCCGAAGGGCUCGUCGGUACGGGUGAGAAACAAGUUUUCGGCUCCCGCUGGCAUUGGGUCCAUGGGCAGUGAUUUAUUUGGCGGCGUGAAAUUGUCUGAGAUUAUUACUGGAGCCGUCCGCACCUACCGGAAGAACGGCAACAUCAACGGCGCGCCCCCGGCAGACCCACGAGACAGCGUCACGAUGGACGAUCUCUUGAAUCAGGACAUUACCACCCCCGGCUUCGUCCGCAUCCCCGUGUGCAGCCCCGAGGUCGCCUUUAGGGCCUGGGACGGACCUGGCGGCGUCUCGGCCCUCACGGCGCCCAACUAUCCGUGCGCCGCGCUGCUGCCGGACCACUGCGGCGACUCGACCUUUGUCGACCAGACGAGCGACGCAUCGCCCCUCGUUUCCGACUGCGAAACACUCAUCAAGAACCUGCAAAACGGCGACGGCCAGGCGGACCACGAGGUGGAAAACGCCAUUGGGAGCCAGCACCAGCUGGACCAGUACGGGAGCUGCAAGUUUGGCGUGCAGGGUAAGGGCAAGAAUGGGAACAUUGACUUUCACGUCGGCGGACAGGACAUUGUGGACUUGAUCCGCGACUCGAUUAAUCGGUUUGGCGGGAGCGGACGAGUAGGCGCCAAGGGGAGGAUGGAUUGCGACGGUACGGUGAAGAAGCAGGAUGUCGAGUGGGGUUUAUACUAG